AAAAAAUUGAAUUCAGUCGUUCGUGUAUAUUAUUAGUUCAAGUUAAAAAAUAAUCUUUGACCGAAAAUGAAGUUACAGUAUUUUCUAGCGUUGUUUUUUUUACACCUAUACCACGCAAGACAUGUUUCUACUCCUGGAAAUGGUAUACGGAUACCAUUGACAAGGACGCCGUUGACAUCGGAAAAGUUGUCUUUAUCUGCAUCCAAGAUUGAAUCAAUGUACAAUAGGAAAAGUACUCGUAUCAAUGAAACGGAUAUUCGUCUUCACUACUAUCCAAAGAGCGAGUAUUACGGUCCUAUUUCAAUUGGAACGCCACCUCGAGAGUUUCAAAUGAUUUUUGAUACAUCAUCCGACCAACUAUGGGUACUCUCGAAAUUUUGCAAUGCUUCGAGAUGUAGAAAAGAUAGCAGUCUUGAUUUAUAUGACCACGAGAACUCAACAACGUACAAACAACCGACAAAGCCUACUUGUCAAGAUUAUAUAAGACAUGGAACUUGGGUGAUGACUGGAUUUUGUUCAAAUGAUACAAUAACAUUGGACGGAGUCGAACUCAAGAACACAGAAUUUCUAGAAGUUGUCAACAUCACAGACCCAUUCCCACGUUUUUCACAAGGUCCAUACGAGGGUACUUUCGGAUUAGCUUAUAAAUAUAAUUACCCCGAACUAUCCGAUAACAUCAUCACACAACUUUGCCGGAAGGUUAAUCGAGAGAAUAAAUUUUCAUUCUAUUUUACCAGGAAUACAUUGGACACCGAUGGCGGUGAAUUAACGUUAUGCGGUAUAGACGAAUCAAAGUUUCGAGGCCCGUUGAACUACGUGAAUGAAAUUCAACCAUUGGGUACACAAUGGUACAUUCCAAUAAAAAACGCUUCAUUACAACUUGGUCGGGAUCAUAUCAUGGAUAUGGGUUCAGAGACGAUUGCCUUACUUGACACUGGCUCUACUUAUAUUUUAGGACCGCAAAAAAGUAUUCAGGCAAUAUAUAACGCUACAAACGCUGACGAGAUAACUAGUGAAGUCGAUUGCAAAGAAAUCCCCAAGUUUCCCAAUUUAACAUUCGCAAUCGGUGAGAAAAAAUACACACUUACAGGAGAAGACUACACUCUCAAGAUUGAAAACAAUUCCGCAAUAGAAUGCACGAUCCGUUUUGCUGCAGGGGGAUUUAAUUUUUGGGUCUUUGGAGAUGUUUUCUUCAGGAAAUAUUACACCGUUUUUGACAUAGAAAACCACAGAAUUGGAUUGGCCGAAAGCAUUCAUGCGCUCAACACUGAUUAAAAAUCUCACGCCUCAAAGGGUAUAAUCCAUAGAUAAUGAUGGAUAUCAAUAGCGUGUAAAAUUAAUAUCAAUUUAAUUAUAGCUACAUUUCAAGCA